ACAACUGUGAUCAAAGAUUUACCUUUAAGACAACUAACAAAAGAGAGUAGAAAUUCAGCCCAAGGCAGCAGCCAAAGGAAAGCAUGAAGCGUGGGAAACUCUUGGCUCCCCCAUCAGACAAAAGCAGCCCCCUAAGAACGCCCAAAAGAACCCAUGAAUGCUCAGAGUGUGGGAAAUUCUUUGCUCGCAGAUCCUUCCUUUUGACCCACAGGAAGGUCCACGUGGGAAGUGGAUCCAGUCAAGGUUUGAAGGGUGAGAAAUUUUUCUCUGGGAAAAACAAUCUUAGAAGCUUCCCUAGACUAAAACCCUAUAAAUGUGAGGAUUGUGACUUAUGCUUUAGUCGAAAGUCAGACCUUCUUACACAUCAGAAAAUCCACACUGGAGAGAAACCUUAUCAAUGUCUGGAAUGUGGGAAAUCUUUCCGUAGAAAAGCCACACUCAGAAGCCACGAGAGAAUUCACACAGGGGAGAAACCUUACAAGUGUUGGGAAUGUGGGAAGAACUUUUCUCAGAAAUCAAAUCUUUUGACCCAUGAAAAAAUUCAUGCAGGAAUAAAACCUUACAAGUGCUUUGAGUGUGGAAAAUAUUUCACCCAGAGUUCAAGUCUUCAUAGUCAUGAGAAAACACACCGAGGAGAGAAAAACGAAAAGUGCCUUGAAUGUGGGAAAUGUUUUACCCGGAAAUCAACACUGGUGCUACAUCAGAGACGUCACAUUGGAGAGAGACCCUAUGAAUGCCCAGAAUGUGAGAAACGAUUUAUGUAUUCUCGUGAACUUCAAACACACCAGAAGUGGCACAAAGGGGACCUACCCCAUAAAUGUGGGGAGUGUGGGAAAAGUUUUAUUUCACCAACCCAAGUUCAGAUUCACCAGAGAAUCCAUACGGGGGAGAAACCCUACAAAUGUGGGGAGUGUGGAAAGUGCUUUUCCCAAAAACAACACCUUGGACGCCAUCAAAGGGUCCACACAGGAGAGAAGCCAUACAGAUGUGUACAAUGUGGAAAAUCUUUUGCUUCUCAUGGAGGCCUUUGGAGCCAUCAUAGAACCCACACAGGGGAGAAGCCACAUCAAUGCAACGACUGUGGAAGAUUUUAUCGUACCUCACCAGCCCUUAGAAGUCAUGUGAAAAUUCACACAGGGGAAAAAAACUACAAAUGUUUAGAUUGUGGGAGAACAUUUGCUCAUUCAGGUUCCCUUAGAAGUCACAGCCGAAUCCAUACCGGAGAGAAACCCCACAAAUGCUCAGAGUGCGAUAAAUGUUUUUCUCGGAAAUAUUGUCUUGUGAUGCAUCAGCGAAUCCACACUGGAAAGAAACCCUAUAAAUGUUUGGAGUGUGGGAAACGUUUUUUCCAUCCUUCAACACUUCGUGUGCACACCCGAAGUCACACAGGAGAGUAGCCUCACACGUGCGCGGAGUGUGAGAAACCUUUUCAUAGAAAAUCAAAGCAAAAAAAGCACGGAAAAGUCUAUAGCAGAGAUAAAUCUCUUCAGCUGUGAAAAACAUUGGGAUCACUUUUUCAACACAUCUUAACGUUUACCAAGAAUUUUACACAGUGACAAGUAAAAUCCUAUAAUUAUUUGGUGUGAGUAAAUGUUUUUUCCUACUGAAGUAACCUCAAAUCCCAUCAGAGGACACAAUGAGGCAAAAGGGUGUAAAUGUUGGGAAUGAGAAUAUUUUACUCACAAAUCCACAUUAUAAACUUACCGGAGUAAUUACACAAAAUAGUUUAUAAGUAUGUGGGGAGUUGAUAAAAUGCUUCGCAGACUACAGGACAUCCUUGACCUAUGACCACAACUUGGAAUGGAUUUCCGCCUGUCAUAAGUUCCUUCAGUCGUAAGUCAAGGAACCAGGUAUUUCUCUUAAUUUUCACUAGACUUUGUUGAUCAAUGAGGAGAAGUGAAAAUUUAGAAAGGAGAAAAUGGGGUGAAGAGCGGAAUGAAUCUGGUUGGUUAUUCAGUGAUAAAGUUUUGUUGUUGAAUCUGCUGGCUGAGGAUGAAGAGGGAAAGUUUCUUUUUCCUUUUAUAUUUUUGGAAGGAAUUUUUUUCAUUGUCUUUUUCAUAGAUUCAUACACGAAUACUUGUACUAACUUUCUUUCUGCGCAUAUAAUCCUGAAUAAAAGUAUUUGUUAAAAUAAUCAAGAGGCCCUUUUUCAGGAGAUGGACUGGGUGGCUCAAAACAGACAAGAUGGCAGUAGGGGUGAAAU